GGGGUCACAUUUUACAUUCAUGUACUUUUUCCUUUUUCUUUUCCAACAAAUUUCCUUGAUCUAUUUAAGUCACCGAGAGGAGCUCCUCUUUGAUUCAUCGAUCUCGAUCGCUUGCUAUUUUUCUAACAAGAAAAGAAUACACACCAACACUGUUCUCUACAUUAUCCAGCUAAACGUUAUUGCAAUUAUAGUUCUACUAUCUCUGAGGAGGUUAUAUAUAGAAGGAGCAAUCCGUUUUCCCUAUUUUUGUCUAAAAGUAAGGCAUCCAGCAAACGGUCAAUUUGUUCAGUUGCCACACAGCCUGUGCCAUCCCAGACUGAAGAGUCAAAGAUGGAUUCUCCUAAAGAGAUCUUUCUGAAGGACUACAAGAUGCCUGAUUACUACUUUGAUACGGUUGAUUUGAAAUUUACACUCGGUGAGGACAAGACCAUAGUCUCAUCAACAAUUACCGUUUUCCCCAGAGUAGAAGGUGUUUCUUGUCCUCUGGUUCUCAAUGGUCAUGAUCUUAAACUAUUAUCAGUGAAAGUUGAUGGCAAAGAACUUAAGGAAGAAGAUUAUCAGUUGAGUUUGCGCCACUUGACACUCUCGUCACCACCCACCAGUAAAUUUACCCUGGAAAUUGGUACUGAGAUAUAUCCUCAAAGCAAUACGUCUCUGGAGGGACUGUACAAAUCUAGUGGAAAUUUCUGUACACAGUGUGAAGCGGAAGGUUUUCGGAAAAUUACCUUUUAUCAGGAUCGCCCUGACAUAAUGGCAAGAUAUACUUGCCGAAUUGAAGCAGAUAAAACUCUCUAUCCUGUAUUGCUGUCUAAUGGUAAUCUCAUCGAGCAAGGUGACCUUGAGGGUGGAAGGCACUAUGCUCUCUGGGAGGAUCCAUUUAAAAAGCCCAGCUAUUUGUUCGCAUUAGUUGCAGGGCAAUUGGAAAGUAGAGAUGACACAUUUGUCACUUGUUCUGGUCGGAAAGUUGCCUUAAGGAUAUGGACCCCAUCCCAAGAUGUACCGAAGACAGCCCAUGCAAUGUAUUCUCUCAAGGCAGCAAUGAAGUGGGAUGAAGAGGUUUUUGGUCUUGAAUAUGAUCUUGAUCUGUUCAACAUUGUGGCAGUUCCCGACUUUAAUAUGGGAGCCAUGGAAAACAAAAGCUUGAAUAUAUUCAACUCUAAACUUGUCUUGGCCUCUCCGGAAACUGCUUCAGAUAUGGACUAUGCUGCAAUUUUGGGCGUGAUUGGUCAUGAGUAUUUUCACAACUGGACUGGCAACAGAGUAACAUGCCGGGAUUGGUUUCAGCUCAGUCUAAAAGAAGGUCUCACUGUCUUCAGGGAUCAGGAGUUCUCAUCUGACAUGGGUAGUCGCACAGUUAAGCGGAUAGCUGAUGUUGCAAAACUUAGAAAUUACCAAUUCCCUCAGGAUGCUGGACCUAUGGCUCACCCAGUUCGUCCUCAUUCAUAUAUUAAGAUGGACAACUUCUAUACUGUAACGGUGUAUGAGAAGGGAGCUGAAGUUGUGAGAAUGUACAAGACACUGCUUGGAAGUUCUGGGUUCAGAAAAGGCAUGGAUCUGUACUUCAAAAGACAUGAUGGACAAGCAGUAACUUGUGAAGAUUUCUUUGCUGCUAUGAGAGAUGCAAAUGGUGCAGAUUUCUCUAAUUUCCUCUUAUGGUACUCUCAGGCAGGGACUCCUCGUGUUAAAGUUACAUCAUCCUACAAUGCUGAUGCCCGGACAUAUUCUUUGAAAUUCAGUCAAGAAAUACCUCCAACGCCUGGUCAGCCUGUGAAGGAACCAAUGUUUAUACCUGUUGCAGUUGGACUUCUUGAUUCAAGUGGAAAGGACAUACCUCUCACGUCCAUUUAUCAUGAUGGACUUCUUCAGCCAGUUGCAACCAAUGGUCAACAAGUUAAUACAACAGUUCUCAGAGUCACAAAGAAGGAAGAAGAAUUUGUGUUUUCUGAUAUAGCUGAACAACCAGUCCCUUCCCUACUGCGUGGUUAUAGUUCUCCUGUUCGUCUUGACUCUGAUCUUACAGACAGUGACCUGUUUUUCUUACUUGCACAUGAUUCUGACGAGUUCAACCGCUGGGAGGCAGGCCAAAUUUUGGCAAGGAAAUUGAUGCUGAAUCUUGUAGCUGAUUUCCAGCAGAACAAAUCACUGGUUUUAAAUCUUAAGUUUGUUGAUGGAAUGAGGAGCAUACUGAAUGCUACAAACUUAGAUAAAGAAUUUAUUUCAAAGGCAAUUACGUUGCCUGGUGAGGGGGAGAUCAUGGACAUGAUGGAAGUUGCAGACCCUGACGCUGUUCAUACUGUCCGUUGCUUCAUCAGAAAGGAGCUUGCUCUUCAUCUAAAAGAGGAGUUCCUUUCUACUCUGAAAAACAAUAGAAGUUCAGAGACUUAUGUUUUCGAUCAUCAAAAUAUGUCUAGGCGUGCUUUGAAAAACACAGCUCUUGUCUACCUUGCAACAUUGGACGAUCCAGAGAUGACAAGUCUUGCAUUGCAUGAGUACAAUGCAGCCACAAACAUGACAGAGCAAUUUGCAGCUCUAACAGCGAUUGCCCAAAAUCCUGGUCAAGCCCGUGAUGAUGUUCUUGCGGAUUUCUAUAACAAGUGGUCUCAUGAUUUCUUGGUUGUGAAUAAGUGGUUUGCUCUUCAAGCGAUGUCCGAUAUUCCUGGAAAUGUUGUUAAUGUCCAGAAAUUGUUGAACCAUCCUGCCUUUGACUUCCGCAACCCAAAUAAGGUUUACUCCCUAAUUGGAGGUUUUUGUGGAUCCCCUGUGAAUUUCCAUGCCAAGGAUGGGUCAGGCUACAAAUUUUUGGGAGAAGUCGUUUUGCAAUUGGAUAAAAUAAACCCUCAGGUGGCGUCUCGCAUGGUGUCAGCUUUUUCAAGGUGGAGGCGUUAUGACGAGGGAAGACAAGCUCUUGCCAAGGCACAAUUAGAGAGAAUAAUGUCAGCCAAUGGAUUGUCCGAGAAUGUAUAUGAGAUAGCAUCGAAGAGCUUGGCUGCUUAAACUCCAAUUUCACAAUGAGACCCGUCCAUGGGUCAACUCCGAUAGCCAGCUUGGAUCGGAAAGUGAAUCUUUUCUUCAUAUAUAUGUACUGUAGUAGCAUGCACGGACAGUUAAAACAAUAAAACUGAGUUUUCAGACGAACCUUUUGUUAUUCUUAGUUUCUUAUAUUGAAGGUAUGGGUAACUUUUUGGGAUAUUCUGCUGUAUGAACAUUAUUAUUUUCACUCUUCGAAUUUGACAUUUGGGAAUUUCUGCUU